AUGAAUUACGGCGUGACCACCUCUUAUGUUUUCGGCUGCAACCAGUUGCUCAGACAUCUCAUACGGCUCCUCACAACAAAAAACUCACAGGAUGGAGGCGGUAAACGCCAUGUCUGUGAAGAUAUCAUGGCGUGUACUGCUGGUGCGAACACUGUGAACUGUGAGAAAAACUGA